GUAUACCAUUCAAAAAACAUAUCUUAAUUAUUUUUAAUUUUUAAUUAUUUUUUAUUUUGGUUUAAAUGCAAACAUCAACAUGCACUUUCUAUUAUUUAACCGAAGUAAAUUGUCGCGUGUAGUCCAUUUAACAGUGAUUAAUGAAAUAUUUUAAAUAAUUUAUGUUGGUCUAAGCAGACUGAUAAGAUUAUGUAAACACGGAACCAAUACAAAUAAAUUUAGAGGAACCAUAUCACGAAGCACAUUUUGGUGUGAACAAACGCUUGUAUUUGUCUAAAAUUUGAAAAAGUUAAUGGAAAAUGAACGGGUUUAAUGGAUGUAAUGAUAUAAUUGAGGAAGAUGUCAAGAUUUUUAUUGGGAGUAUUAUACAUUGUACCAAGCCUUUUGUCUUGGAGGUAAUAGAAGAUGGAUUUGUGAUUGUUGAAGGAAAAAAAAUAAUCGUAGUCAAUAAAAAUAUAUCACAACUGGAGAACGUGAAAAACCAACUAAACAUUACUAGUUGCAAGGAGAUAAGGUUAACGAAAACGCAGUUGUUAAUUCCUGGUUUAAUUGACACGCAUAUACAUGCACCACAGUACCCAAAUGUCGGUCUUGGUUAUGAUAAACCGCUUUUGGAGUGGUUGGAACAUUACACUUAUAAGUUGGAGAGGAAAUUUAGAGACCAAAAGUUAUCCAAAGCAGUAUUUAAUGCAGUAGUGAAAAAGACUCUAAGCUAUGGUACAACUACAGCCACAUACUUUGCAUCACUUUUUGGAAACAGUUCAUUGCUUCUGGCAGACGCGGCCAUCCAACAUGGUCAAAGAGCCUUCGUUGGUAAAAUAAACAUGACCAAAUUGGCACCUGAUGAUUAUAUUGAAACUCCUCAAGAAACUGUAGAAAACACCAUAAAGUUUAUUAAUGAAGUUAAUUUCAGAGGGUGUGAUCGCGUUAAACCAAUAAUAACUCCAAGAUUUGCUCCAAGUCUGGAGUUUGAAACAAUGGAACAAUUGGCUGAAAUAGCCCGUGAAAACAAUCUAAACAUACAAACACACAUAUCGGAAAACAAGGAAGAAAUCAAACUCGUCAAAGCACUUUUUAGAUCCUCUUCGUAUGCCAGUGUCUAUUAUCAAUCUGGAUUACUAACACCAAAGACUGUAUUAGCACACGGUGUCCAUUUGACUGAUGAAGAGUUAACAUUACUGGCUCAAACCGGUUCUUCUAUUUCACACUGUCCAGAUUCAAAUACGUGUCUUAAGUCUGGACUUUGUGAUGUCAAAAGACUUGUCAGUAAUGGAAUUAAGGUUGGGUUGGGUACAGAUGUCUCUGGAGGCCCUUCUCCAUCUAUAAUCCAAGCCAUGCGAUCAGCAAUACAGACUUCAAUCCAUAUUUCACAUAGCAAGGAAGACUAUGAUCCUUUAACGUAUUGCGAUGUGUUCUACUUGGCCACUUUAGGAGGGGCAGAAGCUUUAUCUUUGCAAAAUAAGAUUGGAAACUUCGAGGAAGGCAAGGAUUUUGAUGCCCUCAUCAUCGAUGCUGAUGUAGAGGAUUCAGCUGCUGAUUAUUUUGUUGAUUGCAACUGUUUGGAGUUGUUACAAAAGUUCGUGUUUUUGGCCGAUAAUAGAAACAUUCAACAGGUUUAUGUGUCUGGAAAGCAAGUAGUGUAAAUAGUGUUAUCAAUGUAUACUGGGUAUACGUAUGUCUAUUUAUGCCAUGUUAAUAUUUAUUUAAUAUUUCAAUCAUUUUUGUCGAUAAAUAGCUAAAUAGUAUUAUUUAGAAAAGUUACUUCAAAUUAGAUUUUAAGUACUGUAUUAAUAAAUAUAUUUGUAUAUUUGUUUUUUUCCUCAA